UGAUUUUUUUUGGUUCUGAUUAGAAAGUGAAUAUAUAUAUAAACGCACACACAAGCACAAGCUGACCAAGUCCAAUUGGAACAAACACAAGAAAACAGCGGUGCGCGUGAAAACAACCCGAAGCAAAAAGCAGAAGCAGCGGCAGCAGCAAGCGCAAGAAGUUUUUUUAGAUUUAUCUAACACACACACACACACACAAACACAAACAAAAAAACAAAAAUGGCCGAGUCUAAUAAGAGAAAUAUUCCCAUCAAAUUGGGCGACUUCAGCGUUAUCGAUACGGAAUUCAGCAGCAUACGUGAACGCUUCGAUUCCGAGAUGCGUAAAAUGGAGGAGGAGAUGGCCAAGUUCCGUCACGAGCUGAUGAACCGCGAGGCCAAUUUCUUCGAGUCCACCAGCUCUACUAAAAAAACAACAACUACAACCAGCUCAACGACAAACUCGGCGCUGCCCUCACGCGUGCCCAAGCAACAGAAUUAUGUGUCGGACAUUAGCUCGCCUUUGAUUCAGGAUGAGGGCGACAACAAAGUGCUGAAGCUGCGCUUCGAUGUCAGCCAAUAUGCGCCCGAGGAGAUUGUCGUCAAAACUGUCGAUCAGAAGCUGCUUGUGCAUGCCAAGCACGAGGAGAAAUCAGACACAAAGAGCGUUUACAGGGAAUACAAUCGCGAAUUUCUGCUGCCCAAGGGCGUUAAUCCCGAGUCGAUACGCUCGUCCCUCAGCAAGGAUGGUGUCCUGACCGUGGACGCGCCCUUGCCAGCGCUCACUGCCGGCGAAACCUUGAUACCCAUUGCGCACAAGUGAACAGCCAGAGACGUUCCCGCCACCCCCAUCCCUGAGAGCAGCACGGGCAGCAUCUUCUCCAGCAAUAAAGCCCGCAAUAAACACACAAUAUAUCAACCUAUCCGCAACAGAUGCCCAGCGUAUUUCUAGCACCAUACUAAAAAAAAAAAA